AUGACGACAUACAAAGCCUUCAACUCCAUGCUGUCCGAGUUCUUCCGUGAUCUCGCGGACACUUUCGACGAGUACACCAUCAUCAUGGAUGCCAAGGUCAUGCUCGAUGGAGUGAUUUCCACCGACGACUGUAGCACAGUACCGAUGGAAACGUUUGUGAAUGUGUUUCAACCACACGCGGACCUCAUCAUGGCCAAAGACCCCAGCCUGUUUGACGUGUGUGAGAUUCCCAUGAUAACCGGAGGGGACUUCGACAUGGCGAAGGAAUGGAAAGACCUCGAAGAGGACAACAGAGAAGCCAUCUGGAACUACAUCCAGCAACUUUUCCUUACUGGAACAACUAUUUUGUCCAUGUCCGGAGAACUUCUCAGCUCAAUAGAGCAGUUAGCAAACGGUUGCAUGAAAAAAGUUGAGAACGGGGAGCUCACCGAGAGCCAGGCACAGGACCCGAUGAUCAUCCUGCAAGAGAUCAUGCAGAAUACCGAGCUGAUGAGCGCGCUGAACACAAAAAACGUUUGA